CAACCCUAUAGCACGCCAAAAAGUAAAAAAAAUUUAUUAUAGUUGAAAACAGUUCGUGUGUCGUGUCUAGUUUUAAUUUUGUGUUUAAAUUUUUAAACAAUCUUUCAAGCGAUCUUGUGUGCAGGUGAAAACCAACCAACUUGAACCGUAUGUCGCAUUGGACCGGGGACUUCGGGCAAUUAGAAAACGCGCAACAUUCUCGUAGCAAUGGAUCAGCCCAUACCCUAUGCUAUGGCCCAAACACAACGCCGACCCUAAAUCAGGCAUGCAUCGGACAGCAGGGGAAAAACAAACACAAUCGCAAUCCCAAUGUUGAUGCAAAUGGUAAUGAGAAUGGCAACGUGCCCCAACACACACAACAACACACAGAACCACACUAUGCCACACCACAGCAGCCACAGUCAGCUGCAGUGAAAUUUUACGAGCUACAGACACAGCAACAAGAGCAGGAGCAGCAGCAGCAGCAGGCGCCCCAAUAUAAGACGCAUCCCAUUGAGCCGGUGCCGUAUUAUCUUGGUGCAUUGCAGAUAUCUGGCAACACUGCGCGACCAGAACACAUUGGAUACAAUUGUGGAUUUGGUGCAAACAACAAUAAUACACCUAAACCCACACCAAGGAAAAGGAAAAUACCGAAGCUUGUACUUAAUCCACUAUGCAAGGUCUCUAGAUCCAGUUUAUCACCCGAAGAAACACGUACAUAUACGCCGCAUUCGUGGCUGGAACCAGAGGCCAAAUCUGUGAGCCCGCUGACUGGACUAAACGCCGCGAUUGAAAUUGGAGCGGGUUCGGUGCCAGCGGAGCAUCAUUUCACACCCGAACAAAAGAAGCCGGAAGGCCAAGAGGAGGAGGAAAUUGAGCAAAAUCGCCCCUGGCUGGACGACAAGGAUGCACAAUUACCCACACUUGGCGAUCUAUUAGUCGAUCUCUGGCCCGAACACGAUAAAGACCCAUAUACAACAGAGCAAGGAGAGGAGGCGGAGGACGACGAUUUUAUUGAAGUGCUGGAACCGACGGACUGUGCUUACACCGUACCGCCGCCAAACAUAUCAGUCACGUCAAACGAGAAGAGCCAAAAGAUAAUCGAAGAAAUUUCCGACUCGGACUCGGACUCAGACUCCGAUUCAGGCUCAGCCUCAGCCUCAGGCUCAGUCUCAGAUCCAACCUCAGAUCCAGCCUCAGAUCCAAACUCAGAUCCAAACUCAGAUCCAAACUCAGAUCCAACCUCAGACUCAAACUCGGACUUAGACGACUCUGUGUUGGUGGAGAUUUCGGAUUCAGAUCAGGAAGAAAGUCCCCCAAAGAGUUCAGCUUUGUCAUCUAAGGCUGGCGAACAGGAGCAAAAGGAGGCUCAGUCGUUAUCCAAUGAGCCACCUAUCUACACACUAACACACCACGAUAACGGAAAGAAGGAGGAGGCGUAUCCCUCGGUAUCCACAGACACAGUGGAGGACAACAUUGUCCUACACACGCUUGAACUGCCAGCAGAGGGGCUGCAAUUAGCCGUCGAACAGAAUCUACAGUCCAGGCAGCCAACGGCUGGAGAAGAACACCCAGCGACAGAGCAACAGCCAGAGACGGAGACGGAGACAGAGGCACUGUCAUUGGAACUAGCUGUCCUCGUAGCUAACGUGGAUAUAUCACAGCCAGACGAAAAGGUUCCCGAUCAAAAACCGAAGAAACACCUCGUUGAAACCAUUUACCUGACGCUACACGUAAUUGGGGCGACAAUCAAGCGGAUACGGAGCCCGCCCUCCAAGCACCAUCUAAAAGAAAUUGUACACUGCAAGGAAAAACUCUUUGAGCUGUGGAAGCAGCUGAUAUUGGUGUCGGAGCCCGAACUGUCCGCCGAGCAAUUAACGCCAUUGAUAGCCUUGCAUCGGGACAUUGAACAUAUAGAGAGACUUGAAGGCGAUUCGAUGGGCUUGAACUUGUUGAACAAACUGCGCAACAUCUUGAAAGGCUGGACACAUCCCAAAGAUGAAAUAGGGGCAACCGGCGACGAAGCACAGAGUCUACGCAGCAACGAAGCUGCAGCCAACGCAGGAACUCAAGGAUUAGGCAACCGAACUGACAGGAAGCGUAGUGGCGGGAAAUUGGAGAACAGCAGGGCCGUGUCCAAGUAUCGCUGUGUGGAGAGCAAUUUUCCUAGCAUCAUUUCGCAUCCGAUUGCCGAUGAUAUGCCCACCACCAGUGCGUCAUCGUCUAUGGCUGAACAACACCAGGCAUCCGGACCAGUGUCCGUGUCCCGUUUGCAGAUACCCUCGGCGGGCAACAAGCGUCUGUCCAUCUUUAAUGAGCCACGCACAGCGCCCCAAAUCGUUCGAUAUCAUGGCCUUGGCAACAAUCAAAUUGACUUAUCCGACGAUGAUGAGCCGCCAGUCAAUGGCUCCAUCUUCCAGUCGUUCGCCAGUGGACGCACCACGGCCUCCUCAACCGAAUGGGGUCUAAAUGGUCAGUCCUCAUCCCAUGGGAAUGCUGCUGCUGCGGCUGCGGCUGGGGCUGCUGCAACCUCGUCGCUUGUACGCCCCUCGAUGCUGUAUGCGGAUGCAGUGCGCCUGGGCCAGAAUGGCUAUAGCGAGCAGCCGCACACCAGCAUGAAUGGGCAUGGGCAUGGGCAUGGGCAUCAUCCGCAUCAUUCGCAUGCCUUGCGCGGAUCCCACAACCACAACGAGAGUCUGCUCAUGCACGUGGAGCGUCGCUCCGAGCGGGAGCAGUACGCAAAUUUCCUCAGCGACGUGGCCUUCAACGAGUUCCGAUCGAACCAAACCAGUCGCACAAAUUUGCCGCCACUGUUACCCAUGACCAGCUGGAACGCCAUGCUAAAGAAGAACAUGGAGCGUACCAAUGCCCACACGCAACACGCUCUAGCCGACCACUCGAGUCAGGUGCAACAGGCCAAGGGGAAGAUCGCCAAGCCAAUACCACCGCCACCGCCAACGCUGCUGCGCCACUCUGUCUUCUAUCUAAACUCCAGUGAAAGCAAAUCGGGCAGCAGCAGUCCGCCGCCGCCGCAGCUGCUGUCCGCUCAAGUGUCAAUCAAAGCUGCACCACAGCCCGUCAUUAUUGAUCUGGAUAGUAGCUCCAAUGAGAAACCGGCUGCCAAAAGUGAAUCGGAUCAGCAGAAGAGACUCCAGGCGAUGCAAAAGCGCUUCAGCGAAAGCAUCUUCUUCAGCGAUGACUACGAGCAGAAGUUCAGGGAGCGCGAGCAGCGUGAGCGCGCUGAAAUGGACCAUCAGCGUGAGCUGGCACGCAUCGAGGCUGAAAAACUAACCCAGGAGCGUCGCCGCCUGGAGGCAUCAUUCCGCUGGACCAUUUUAGAGUUGAACCUGGGCUCUUACGCCUUUGAAUCGGCUACCGUGGCCGAGGAGACGGAAGCCGAGCUGGAGAUUGAGUUUAUUCCCAUCAGCGAAGCGCAGCAGAAGGAGCUGCUCGAUAUUGUGACUGGCCCCGAUGAAGCUCCUUUGAUCACCAAAUAUGGGCUGACAAUGCUUAAAAAGGAUAUUCGCACAAUGACCGGACUCUUCUGGCUGAACGAUGAGGUGAUCAAUUUCUAUAUGAAUCUGCUCACCGAACGCUCACAGGAGAAGGCGGGCACUCUGCCCAGUGUCUAUGCCAUGAACACCUUCUUUCUGCCACGCCUACUCAAGGACGGCUUCAAUAGCGUGCGGCGCUGGACGCGUAAGAUUGAUGUGAUCAGCAAGGACAUCAUUGUGGUGCCCGUGCACUGCAAUGGCAUGCAUUGGUGCAUUGCCAUUAUACACUUGAAGAACCGUACCCUCUUCUACUACGACUCACUUGGCAAGCCGAACAACAUGGCCCUCGAGGCGCUGAAAAACUACAUUAAGGAGGAGUCACUGGACAAACGCAAGCAGCCAUAUGAUAUGAGCGACUUUAAGAUCGAAAAUAUUCUAAAUGGGCCGCAGCAGACGAACGGCAGUGACUGCGGCGUCUUCAGCUGUAUGACAGCAGAAUAUAUAUGUCGGGACAAGCCGCUCACAUUCAGCCAGGAGCAUAUGCCGUAUUUCAGAAAGAAAAUGAUACUCGAGAUUGUCCACGGGAAGCUGUGGAAAUAAGUGUGUCAUGCUCCUCGCCAAAAACAAAAAUACAGACUACCCCACACAGCGUACACACACACACACACACACACACACUCACACACAAUUUAGCAUUAAGCAUACACUUAGAACUAGUUCUUCGGCAGGCGCACGCAUCCCUCCCUCCUAUCCUCAUGAUAAUUUAAUUGAUUUAGACGUCUGACAGCUACACGAAAUCACAACUGAAACGAAACAAAUUGAAAAGAAUUGCAGACGUCUAAAUCGAGUGGGAUCUGGCCCAGCGUAGGCCAAGAAUCCCCAUACCCCCCAUACACCACAGUUGAACACAAAAUUCUACAAGUUACUAAAUCUAUGAUGGCCCAUGAACCAAAAGCGCAUCAGCAGACAGCAGCAGCAAGCAAGCUAUUUAAAUAUUUUUUUGUUUGAUUUGAUUUAAUUUUUUUUUGGAUUUAAAACAUUAUGAAACAAUACGUUAGACGUAGCACGAUAAGGAACUUCCUUAUGAGCCCUGUACGGGGCUCAAUAUAAUAACAACUACUUUAUAAAAACAACAAGCAUAUAAUAUUUAACAAUAAUACACAACUGUAUAAUAUAAAUUAUUUAAAUAAAUUCUUUAAUACAUGACU